AUGCAUCAUAGUCUAGAAGCAAUGAACGACGAUCAUACAAAAGUCAGUUCAGAGGAAAAUCUGAAGUUGAGCGAACCUGAGCAGCCAACUGAGAUGAUAUUGGAGGAUCAUUCAACAGCUUCGAACAAUGAAAGUGAGUUCGAACAUGUGAGCGUUCAGCAACUUGUACGAGAGCAUGAACGAAGAUUGAAAUGCAUCGAAGAAACGGCCACUGUUCGAAGUCAGCCAUUGAAAAAGCAUCAAGCGGACACAUCCAAGACACCACUCAUAAGCAGAGUUGAACAGGAGCAGUCCAGAUCUGACGGCGUAACUAACAUGAAUGACGGUGUAUGUGCUGCUGGAGAGGAAGAGUUGAAGCCUGAACGUAAUGAUGAUAUCGAAUAUGAAGCGGAAUCGAGCGAAAUCGAACAUAACCAAAAUGGCACUUCGUAUCAACCAGAGAGCGGCGACCAACAAAGUGAAACGUCACCUCGAUUUCCGGUCAAAUAUUUAAUUGAACUAAAAGAAAAACAAAUUCGUGAAAUGAUGAUGCUUGACGAGUGUAAAUACAGGCAAAUACAUCGUUCAAAAUCACAUUCCGAACAAUCCAGCGGAACUUCUUAUUCUAGUGAGGUUGGUGGUUCAAUAUUACUCUUUUUGAACUAA